GCAGGCGUCGCGGCCGGGGGCGGGGCCGGGCAGCGCCGCGGUGCGCAGGCGCAGCCGUCGGUGGGUCGGCGUUCGGCCGCCUGAGAGAUCCUGAAAACCCCAGGGCGUUGUCUCUUCCUGUCUCAAGAUGGAUAACAAGAAGCGCCUGGCCUACGCCAUCAUCCGGUUCCUGCAUGACCAGCUCCGGCACGGGGGGCUCUCGUCCGACGCCCAGGAGAGCUUGGAAGUUGCGAUCCAGUGCCUGGAGACUGCUUUUGGGGUGACUGUUGAGGACCACGACCUCGCUCUUCCUCAGACUCUUCCGGAAAUAUUUGAAGCAGCUGCUGCGGGCAAGGAGGUGCCGCAGGACCUGAGAAGCCCCGAGCGAACUCCACCUUCAGAGGAGGACUCGGCUGAGGCAGAGCGCCUCAAAACUGAAGGAAAUGAGCAGAUGAAAGUAGAGAACUUUGAAGCUGCCGUGCACUUCUAUGGGAAAGCCAUCGAGCUGAACCCAGCCAACGCGGUCUAUUUCUGUAACAGGGCCGCGGCCUACAGCAAACUCGGGAACUACACUGGGGCCGUGCAGGACUGUGAGCGAGCCAUCUGCAUAGACCCGUCCUACAGCAAAGCCUACGGCAGGAUGGGCCUCGCGCUCUCCAGUUUGAAUAAGCACACCGAGGCCGUGGCCUAUUACAAGAAGGCCUUGGAGCUGGAUCCUGACAACGAGACCUACAAGUCGAACCUCAAGAUAGCCGAGCUGAAGUUGAGAGAGACACCUAGUCCCACAGGAGGUGUUGGCAGCUUUGACAUCGCCGGCCUGCUCAACAACCCCAGCUUCAUGAGCAUGGCGUCAAAUCUAAUGAACAAUCCCCAAGUUCAGCAGCUCAUGUCCGGGAUGAUUUCGGGUGGCCACAACCCCCUGGGGACUCCCGGCACCAGCCCCUCACAGAAUGACCUGGCCAGUCUCAUCCAGGCCGGCCAGCAGUUCGCCCAGCAGAUGCAGCAGCAGAAUCCAGAGUUGAUAGAACAGCUCCGAAGUCAGAUCCGGAGUCGGACCCCCAGUGCCAGCAACGACGACCAGCAGGAGUGACCAGCCACCCCUCCCAGUGCCGCCAGCUUCUUCCCACCGACUGGAAGCCGUCUCGCAUUUUGCUGUCUUCUCCCGUUGGACCACCCAAGAGAGAAAAAGAAACAGAAACUGGACCUGCAUGUUAAGAUGGAUUUUUAUUACUCCCUCCGCCCUCCCCUCCCUGUUUGUAGUCUCCCACGGCCCCCAGACCCUUCUCGAAACAGAGCCAGCAAGCUGUGAACGCAGACCAGCACUGAUCUCUCCCAGCCCCCUGAACACCCAGUCACGAAAGUGUUCUCUAGACUGUUCCGGGGCGGGGGUCGUCCUAGGCCACUUUCCGGGAAGCAGCCUGUUUUGUGUUGAGCCAUGUCGGGGACACCCACGGCUCCCGGAGCCCCUCUCUGCAGCUCCUGUGGUCUGUCUUCAGUGGAGACAGGAGAAGCCAUCUGUAGGCCACAACCUCGGCCUCCCCAGCCGCGCCCUGCUCGGAUGAGCUCGCUGCCAGCUGCGGUCUGGGCACUGGUGGCCGCCCGGCCCCUCAGACCGCGGGUUUUCGUGUGAGGAGGUCUUCAGAUGCAUUUUCCUAAAGGACAACUUCCGUGACUUGUGCCCCAGUUGGGAGCGGGGGCGGGACUGUCCUGGGCGCAGGACCAGGCCCUGGGGCUUUCCUUCCGGUCGAGCAUUUGGAUGGACGUGUGUCAUCUCUGAUCCUCCUUGCCCAGUGCUCGUGACCCACAGACCCCAAGGGGCAGAUCAUGACCUUUCAGCCUGUCUCCAGCCGGGAGUCCAGCCCACUGCCCUUCUGCCCACAGGCGGCCCCGCCGCCAGCCUGUCUGGGUCCUUGGCAGGUUCUCCUGUCCUGUUCAGGGCUGGGGGGGAGCCAGCAGGGGCCCCUGGUGCCACCUGCCUCAGCCUGACGUUGCCACAUAGCCACCGGAGCUGCUUCUGGGGAGCAGGCAUGCCAGCCGCGGCCGGGCAGUCUGCCCAGGACAUGAGGCCACUGCGGAUGUGCCCACGGCCUCGCCUCUGGCAGGAGGGGGGAGGGGGGUCAGGUCUGCGGGCGCCAGCGUUGGCAUCUGGAUCGUGGGAGGUUCCCUGGUGGUCCGGGCCGUCUGCGAGGUAGACCCAGUACGUGUGUGUCGUAGGUAACUAGUAGGAAGACGGGCACUGCCAGCCACCCGCAGUCCAUCCCACGUCUGGCAAGAUAUGUCCUAACUUGAGUGCUAGCCAUGGUGACAAGAAAACGUGUGGGGAAUAAAUAGACAUCACGACCUCU